AUGCCAGGCAAGGGAGACAACCAGCGGGAGCGUAUUGCUGGUGAGAUGAAGUUCUUUGGCACCUGUAAGAUUGAGCCGGGUUGGGGGAAGCCAAAUUCACAGGGUCGAGGUUCAAUGCGUCAUGUCUUUGGCCAAGUAGCCCGUGAUAUGAGAGAGAGGGGUCUACGAUUUGGCUUCGUCUCGACCUACGAAGAGACGGUAUUCUUGAAGAUUGGACGCCAAGAGAGCGACGGUUCAUAUGCGCUCUUCUACUCGGACAUAGUGCGCCACACCGAUAGAACCGUUAUGGCCUCAGACCAAAAAGUGCUUGCUUCGAUCAGCGUACGUCUCGGUCUUCUCUAUCUAUUGCACCGAGCAUCACACGAGGAUGAAUCGACAUGGUCUUUCAACCCGAGCGAUAUAAAACCAUUGGAUUGGACCUACCCAAAGCCGAGUAAGAAGGAGGGCGAGCAAGCAAAUCCCUAUCAUACCCCAAACACGGGCCUGAUACAAGCAAACGCGACCAUUGGAGACCUGUCACCUUCUAUCGCCCGAGGUAUCGCAAACAUCCAACUAGCAAGUCGGAACACGCGCGUGUCUAGUAAUCUAGCAGCGGCACGAACGGCCCGAUCAAAAGCAAAGCAAGAUACGGAGGAGCGUAUCGAUCGGCCGCAAUAG